AUGAUGCAAUACUGCUAUCAACUAGACUACGACCAACUGUCCAUAUCGGACGACGAAGCACCCGAGCCUGCUACUCUGCGCUCACACGUCAAUGUGUACAUGCUAGCAGAGCGGUACGGGGUUGCUGGAUUGAAAGCAAUUGCUAUGGAAAAGUUCAAAGAUCUCGCCACUAUAGUGCUGAAUGAGGACGGUCAAGAAGACCAGCUGCAGUCUGCAAUUCGCGCUAUUUUCGCCCCGGAUCGGAUCGCAAACGGGGAUGAGCUGAGAACUGUCAUGGUGAAGCUGUGUGCAGAUCAUGUGCAAGCGUUCAUCCACGACACGGGUAAGAAAAUGGCUCUCGUGUACGAGUCGAUGGAAGAGUUUCCAGAGUUCAGAGCAGAGCUUUUUGAAGAGAUGGGAGCUCGUUGGAGGGUUUGA